UGACAUCUGUGCAUUUGACACACCGAGGUUAGGGCGACUGUCUGUAUAUUUUUCACUCAACGAGGUUAUGUAUGGGCAAUAACAGCAAACAGACCCAAGCACGAAGUAGGUCUCAAAGAAUAAAAGCUUCACUAAUUUGUUCAAAUUGAUAGCGUUGCACUGAGAAUACACGCUUAGAUUGCCGGCAUGUCCAUGAGUUCAAGUCAUAACAGUAAUACUGUCACUACGCAAGCUGUGAUGGAUCCUGAAUUCUUAUCCAGACUAAUUCCACAAAACAAAGAACAAGUUCGACCAGCAUGUAAGAAGUGUGGUUAUGCUGGUCACCUAACAUUUCAAUGUAGGAAUUUCAUAAAGGUCGAUCCAAACAAGGAAAUAGUAUUGGACGUCAGUAGCACGAGCUCAGACAGUGAUGAAAAUUAUCUGUCUCCAUUGACUGAGUUGCGCGAAAAGGAACUCAAAAAGAAACAGAAGAAAGCAAAGAAGAAAAAAAAGAAGGAAAAAAAGCUAAAAAAAAAAUCAGCCAAACGCGAACGGUCAAGAUCCAGAUCUAGAUCAGAGAGCUCUGAUUCGGAAUCCGAAAUUGCAGAGAAAAAGAAAAAGAAACACAAGAAAAAGAGUAAAAAAUCAAAACACAAAAAACAGAAUAAGCAAAGUUCCUCUGAUUCUGAUAGCGACAGCGACUCUGACUGAAAAUUCAAACUACCGGACAUAUUUUUUAGAAUGAAUGAAUUAAUUUGAACUGAUCUAGGAUGAAUGUUAUUGUAAAUAUUUAAACCCAAUUUUAUUCAAUUACAUGGUAAACGCAGUUACACCACACAAUGCUGUAUGUGACGAUUGAGAAUAUCGAAUUCUUAUGAAUAAAUAUUUUACUUCUUUA